AUGGCUAGACAAACACGACCCGCUGUAACACGAGAACUAUGCGAACAGUGCAUUGGAAACACAAAGAAUGCUCAACGUAUGGUUCUUUUGAUGGCUCAAAUGGCAGCCGCAUAUGAGAAAUUAGGCAAUUUACGCCAUAGCGAUGAGGACAAGAAACAAUCAGAAAUCAUAAUUUCUAACCUAGAGUCACAUGUAAUUGUAACGACUCUCACCUUAAGAAAACUUUCACAACGAUCGGAACAAGAGGAUUUGCAGCUACUCGUUUUGUACAACUCUACAAAGAACGCAUGGACAAGGACCCAAUACUACGAAAUUUACCAGCUAAAGCAGUUUCUAGAAGAGGCAAUCAUUUCCAACCAAGAUUACGAUAUUCUUCCGCAAGCUGAAAAUGUAUUGAAUGGAUUCUUAUUUAAUGAAGACUAUGUAAAAAACCUACCAGCGUUGAACGAAGAUGUCAAGCUCUCGCAAUGGGAGAUAUUCGCAAGAGAAGUUACGCAAAUAAACAAGACAUACAGGAUCCAAUUGGAUCACUUUGGGAAUUCAGUACAAAGAGUAAUGAACCGUGCCAAACUGAACACCAACUAUCCACAUAUCGAGGCUCUCAAUAUCAUGCUAAAUGACCUUAAUUCUUACUGA